CGCGCCCGGCGGCUCCCGAUGGCGACCGAGUGGGGCCCGGCGGAGCAGUGGCGCCCGGCGCUGCCGCAGCACGCGGUGCUGAGCCGCCUCCGCGACGCCGCCGCCGCCGCCGCGCCCGGGCCCGGGCCGCCGCCGCUCCGCAGCCUGCUCUUCGGCCUGGACGGAGACCUCUUCCUCUGGGACGGCGAGUGCGGCGCGUUCCACACCGUCAGCCUGCGCCGGCUCGGCGGCAGCGAUGCGGCGGCGCUCAGCCGCUACCAGACCCUCAUCUGCAUCAACCCGCCCCUGUUUGAGGUUUAUCAGACUCUGCUGAGCCCCACACAGCAUCAUGUGGCCCUCGUUGGCACCAAGGGGCUCAUGGUGCUGGAGCUGCCCAAACGCUGGGGCAAGAAUUCCGAGUUUGAAGGAGGGAAAUCCAGGGUGAACUGCAGCACUAUUCCCAUUGCAGAAAGGUUCUUCAGAACCUCCACAUCUCUGACUUUAAAGCAUGCUGCCUGGUAUCCCUGUGAGACCUUAGAGCCUCACAUUGUGCUCUUGACUUCAGAUAACACCAUAAGAUUUUACAGCCUGAGCACACCUCAGAGACCUGUCAAGGUGAUCUCUCUGUCUGGCACUGAGGAGGAGACUCUUAAAAUCAAAAAAGGGAGAGCCUACACGGCAUCGCUGGGGGAGACAGCAGUGGCCUUUGACUUUGGCCUGCUGGCACCCGUCCCCAGGAGCCUCCAGGGACAGCGAGGGCCUGAGGAAGCCUUGGCCUACCCACUCUACAUCCUGUAUGAAAAUGGAGAGACAUUCCUCACAUACAUCAACCUGCUACAAAGCACUGGGAACCUUGGCAAGCUGCUUGGCCCUCUGCCCAUGCACCCUGCAGCUGAGGAUAACUAUGGCUACGAUGCCUGUGCAGUGCUUUGCCUGCCCUGUGUGCCAAACAUCCUGGUGAUCGCCACUGAGUCGGGGAUGCUCUAUCACUGUGUGGUGCUGGAUGGGGAAGAGGAUGAUGAGCAGUCAGAAAAGUCAUGGGACUCAAGAUCUGAUCUUCCUCCUUCGCUCUACGUGUUUGAAUGUGUCGAGCUGGAACUUGCACUGAAACUGGCAUCAGGAGAUGAAGAGCCUUUGGAGUCCUAUUUCUCUUGCCCAAUCAAACUGCACCAAGAUCCAAAGUGUCCCUCCAGAUACCACUGCACACAUGAAGCUGGUGUCCACAGCGUGGGGUUGACGUGGAUCAAUAACCUGCAGAAAUUCCUUGGCUCAGAUGAAGGGGACCAAGACAGUUUACAAGAGCUGGGAGCAGAACAGAAGUGCUUUGUCGAACACAUUCUUUGUACAAAACCAUUGCCAUGCAGGCCGCCGGCUCCGAUUCGAGGCUUCUGGAUCGUUGCUGACAUUCUGGGGUCCACAAUGAUCUGCAUCACCAACACCUAUGAGUGUAUUACAAGGCCUCUGCUGAGCACUGUCCAUGCUGCAUCCCCGCCCCUGCUGUGCACCAGGGAAGACACGCAGGUGGCCGCGUCCCCGCUGCGGCUGCUGGCCGAGUCCCAGCGCUCCUUCGAGGAGCACGUCCGCAGCCUCCUGCAGCGCGGCUCUGCCAACCCCCUGCUGCUCAGGGCUGAUGAUAAAGAUGCUGCUCCUCCCCCUGAAGAAUGCCUCCAGCUUCUUAGCAGAGCCACACAAGUGUUCAGAGAGGAAUACAUCCUGAAACAAGAUCUGGCAAGAGAGGAGAUUCAGCAAAGAGUGAAGCUGCUGCGGAUACAGAAGAAGAAACAGCUGGAAGAUCUUAAUUACUGUGUCCAGGAAAGGAAACGGCUGCGGGAGGUGGCUGAGCGCUUGGCUGACAAGUACGAGGAGGCCAAAGAGAAGCAGGAGGACAUCAUGAACAGGAUGAAGAAAGUUCUUCGGAGUUUCCACUCUCGGCUUCCUGUUCUGUCAGACAGUGAAAAGAACAUGAAGAAGGAACUGCAGGGAAUCCACGAGCAGCUGCAGCAGCUGAGCAAUGCUGUCAGCCAGGUGAAAAUGAAAAUGGAAUACCAGCAGGAAAAGGUGAAAAAGGGAAGCAGCCCCCAAAAACCCAGAAUCACCUUCAGUGCCUACCAGAGGAAGUGCAUCCACAGCGUCCUGAAAGAGGAGGGAGAACACAUAAGGGAAAUGGUCAAACAGAUCAAUGCCAUCAGAAGCCUUCUGAACUUCUGACACAUCCACAGUGAGGAACCUGCACCAAAAGGCUGGAGGAGGUUAAGUGUUCCCUGCAAUUUCCUGGGGUUUGUUCAAUAAUAUGCCUUUUGCUACUCAUGCUGUAUGUUGGGAUUGUGAAAUAAAAUCUUUCUGGCCAGA